AUGCGCGCGCGCCCGUUGGACUCGGCGCUAAAACGUGCGCUCGCCCAGAUCUCGCCGCCAUCUCACGCCAUCCGAUACGACGCUAAGGAAUCAUGCUCGCCCUUCCCCGUCUCCAUUGUACCAUCCAUCGCGCUGCCAAUCUCAUCAACACAGUCACAGAGCGGGAACAGUGUCGGAUCGCGCGACUGGGGCUCUGCCAGCACCGUCCAGGCACAGAUGCCCAACUCGCGGCUCACGACCGCCGUGGCAAGCCCUGGCAUGCCCUAG